CAGCGUUCCCACUAGAUGGGGAUGGAGGCAUUGCCAGAGCGCUCUCGCUGCGCCCACAGGGAGCACCCGGCCCUCGCUCCCGUGUCCUCUCUGGUGGCCACGGUGCCAGCCGGGGGUCAUGACCCGGCUCCCCGGGGGUGGCUCGGGGCUGACAGGGUGUCACUUCUCCCACAGAUGCUUCAGGACUGCCCCAAGGCCCGCAGGGAAGUGGAGCUGCACUGGCGAGCGUCGCAGUGCGCGCACAUCGUUCGCAUCAUGGACGUCUACGAGAACCUCUACCAGGGGAGGAAGUGUCUGCUCAUCGUCAUGGAGUGCUUGGAUGGCGGGGAGCUCUUCAGCAGGAUUCAGGACAGGGGAGACCAGGCCUUCACAGAACGGGAGGCUUCAGAGAUCAUGAAGAGCAUUGGGGAAGCCAUCCAGUACCUGCACUCCAUCAACAUUGCGCACCGGGACGUGAAGCCGGAAAACCUCCUGUACACCUCCAAACGGCCCAACGCCGUGCUGAAACUCACCGACUUCGGCUUCGCCAAGGAAACCACCACACACAACUCCCUGGCCACGCCGUGCUACACGCCCUACUAUGUGGCCCCAGAAGUGCUGGGCCCAGAGAAGUAUGACAAGUCCUGUGACAUGUGGUCCCUCGGUGUCAUCAUGUAUAUUCUGCUCUGCGGGUACCCCCCUUUCUACUCCAACCACGGCCUGGCCAUCUCUCCUGGCAUGAAGAAGCGAAUCCGAAUGGGCCAGUACGAGUUUCCCAACCCUGAAUGGUCCGAGGUGUCCGAGGAAGUGAAGCAGCUGAUCCGCAACCUGCUGAAAACAGACCCGACCCAGCGCAUGACAAUAACGGAGUUCAUGAACCACCCCUGGAUCAUGCAAUCCAUGCAGGUGCCCCAGACCCCGCUGCACACCAGCCGUGUGCUGAAGGAGGAGAAGGACCUGUGGGAGGAUGUGAAGGAGGAGAUGACCAGUGCCCUGGCCACCAUGCGAGUGGACUAUGAACAAAUCAAGAUCAAGAAAAUCGAGGAUUCCUCGAACCCUCUGCUGAUGAAGAGGAGGAAGAAAGCCAACGCCCCCGAGCCCGCCGCGCUGCCCCACUGAGGGUCCCCGCCCGCCGGCCCUCCAGAAAGCAAUAACUAUAUAUAUAUAUAUAUAUAUUUUUUAAGAAAAAAAAAGACAAAAAGAAACAGACUGUUCUAUCGAGCGCAUGGAAUUCAGACAUUUAUACCAGACUAGUUAUUUUUAGCUACUCACCUGUGUUUUUGACCUUUCUGGAGCAGGUGCUGAGAUUCCCCUCCCCUCACAUCCACACCUGCACCCAGGGAUUUUUGUCCUGUAGGUGAACGCCGCCAAUAAUUGGAUUUUUAUUUUUCUUUUGUGAAACAGUUUUGAUUUUUAUAUAUAUAU